AUGGGUCCACCAAGAAAAUCUAGAAGUGUGAAUAAGCGGUUUUCUUAUAUUAAUGAGGUAUCUCCUAGUAAAGAUGGAGAGAAUUCCAAGAAAAACAUCCAGCGGAAAAGGAAGUUGUCUGACAUGCUAGGGCCUCAAUGGAGCAAGAUAGAGCUGGAGCGUUUUUAUGAAGCGUAUCGUAAGUAUGGAAAAGAUUGGAAAAAGGUGGCUGCUGUCGUGCGAAACCGAUCUGUGGAGAUGGUGGAGGCCCUUUACUCAAUGAAUAGGGCUUACUUGUCUCUUCCUGAGGGGACUGCUUCUGUGGUUGGGCUAAUAGCAAUGAUGACUGAUCACUACAGCAAUCUGGCAGGAAGUGAUAGUGAACAGGAAAGCAAUGAUGGUGCAGGAACAUCUCGAAAACCUCAGAAGCGUGCUCGAGGUAAAGUUCAGCCUAAUAUCUCUAAAGGAUCGGAUGGGCGUGUUCUUUCGCAUUCGCAGACAGUCACAUCCAGUUAUGGUUGCUUGCCAUUGUUAAAGAAGAAGCGGUCUGGUGGAAGCCGACCUCGUGCUGUUGGAAAAAGGACUCCACGCUUCCCUGUUUCAUAUUCUUGUGAGAAAGUUGGCGGGGAAAAGUUAUUUUCCCCGACAAGGCAGGGCCUGAAGCUAAAGGAGGAUGCCAAUGACGAUGAAGUUGCUCAUGAGAUAGCAAUUGCAUUGGCAGAGGCUUCCCAGAGAGGUGGUUCUCCUCAGGUUUCUCAAACACCGAAUAGGAGAACUGAAUUUUUCAUGUCAUCACAUGUGCGCAAUGCUGAAAGAAUGUGUGCCGAAACAGAAAUGACCAGUGCCAAGCUUGUCGGAAGUGACAUAGAUGAAGAUGAAUUGGAAGGAAGCAUGGAAGCUGAUAAUGGAGAAUUUUCUAGGGAGAAGAGUUAUAUAAGGGAAACAGAAAGUGUUAGCACUGUGGUUCAGAAGGGAAGAAGACAUCAUGAAAAGAAGCUAGAAGUUGAUGACAGUUGCAUCAAUCAUUUGGAUGACAUUAAGGAAGCAUGUAGUGGGACAGAAGAAGGACAAAAAUUGGGUGCAGUUACUGGAAAAUUUGAUAUGGAAGUUACAGAUGCAAAAAUACCGAGGUCAUCUGUUCAGGGCUCAAGAAAGAGGAGCAAAAAGGUUCUUUUCAGAAGAGAUGAAGAUGAAUUGGAAGGAAGCAUGGAAGCUGAUAAUGGAGAAUUUUCUAGGGAGAAGAGUUAUAUAAGGGAAACAGAAAGUGUUAGCACUGUGGUUCAGAAGGGAAGAAGACAUCAUGAAAAGAAGCUAGAAGUUGAUGACAGUUGCAUCAAUCAUUUGGAUGACAUUAAGGAAGCAUGUAGUGGGACAGAAGAAGGACAAAAAUUGGGUGCAGUUACUGGAAAAUUUGAUAUGGAAGUUACAGAUGCAAAAAUACCGAGGUCAUCUGUUCAGGGCUCAAGAAAGAGGAGCAAAAAGGUUCUUUUCAGAAGAGAUGAAGGGUCUGACUUUGAUGCCCUGCAAACAUUGGCUGAUUUGUCUUUGAUGAUGCCAGCAACAGCAGAUGAAAAUGAUGAAGGGUCUGACUUUGAUGCCCUGCAAACAUUGGCUGAUUUGUCUUUGAUGAUGCCAGCAACAGCAGAUGAAAAUGGUCAACUGUUUCCGUUUUGUUUGGUUUAUCGACUUUAUGAUGUAUACACAAUGGAAGUUCUUCCAAUGUUAGCUGAGAAACUAACUAACUUUGUUUCACCAACUCCAGCUCUAGUUGGGCAGUAAAACCUGAACGAGGCUUUUGUUGGGUGGUUGGCAGCUGCUGCAACUCAAUCUGCCAACAUUUCAGCUUUAGCGUUUUCACUUGAACCAUGUUACAUCAUAUUGAAGUAGUCUGUAGCCUUCUGAGUUUUUUUCAAUUUAUUUUGGCCUGCUUCAUCUGGUUUCCAUUUGGCACAUUCUUU